AUGAGCUGCCAUAAAAGGACAUGCAUGAAAUUUCAAGCUGGUUAUUGUCAGAAACCUUUGAGAGAGAGAAAAUCUCCCUGUUAUGAUAAAACUGAACCUGUUAACGAUGAUAUAAUAUCUCAUAUUUUGAGACUAAGAGAUAAACUUGGAUGGCAGACAUCAAUCCCACGAUGUGGAUUUGUAGCUAAACCAGCAGAUUUAGCUAAUUUUCAUCAGGUUACUUUACCGAAAGUUGCAUUACAAAAAGAUGAUGGAGAGUUUGUAUAUUGUCUCAUAAGAAGCAGAAAUGACCCUAAAGCAACUUAUGAUCCAUAUGACCUUCAAGCAGUUUCUACAAAUAUGGCUAAACAAAGUAAAGAAUAUUGGACUGUUACAGCUUCAUAUAUAUCCAAGUGUGACAAGAUCCUCAACAAGAGCACUGUCCAUGUCAGCCGGAAUGCCCGAGAGCAUUCAGGAAUUCAUAUAAUUCUAUUAAUCUUUGAGGAAAAACCAUCUGAAUGGAUUCCCCACCCCUUCAUAUUGGAGCAGGUCCCUCCUUCUGAAAGAAGGAGAUUCACAGUUCAAGGACCCCUGGAAAGACGGCUGGACUUUGCACUCCGUAAGACUCACGAGACCGCCGCCUUCUCCAUCCGGGUCUCCGCUGCUGCCUCGAUUUUCUCAAAGGCCUCUAUGAUGUGGCUCGAUGACCUUUUGGACGAUCCCAAUCCGGAUCCAGCCACACUGCGAAAAGGCCUAGUCAAGUUACAUAAGGCAGCAACAUUCGUGGCGGACGCCACCUUGGACGCCACCCACCAAGGAGCACGGGCCCUGGCCGCGGAAUUUACUUCAGUGUGUGGAAAAGAAGAGAUGGAAAUCACACCAGUAAUGGAGUGGUUGUAUGAAAGGCAACUUUAUUAUGCAUUACGAAGCAUCGAUAUAUGUUUUAAUUUCAGAAAGAAGAAACAUUUUAUCAAGUGGAAAAACAAUGUUAAGAGAUCAAAAAUAAAGAAGAGCAAUGAGCUCCUGGCUGUCAAGGAACAGAUUUGUUCCCUUGAGGCCAAAGUGGCUGACCAGAAGGAGCUGAGAGAGGUCAAGAGAUUCAUGGAUGAGUACUUCGGGAACAUUAUAGCUGUAAUGGUGUUGAAUAAACACCUGUUUUUUGCUGAUGAGAUAUUACAAGGAUGCUUACUUUACAUGCAAGCAUUGUGUGAGGAUGUGAGUAACCCUGAGAGACACACAUUUUCAGAAGAUAAAGCUAUCAAUUUUGUAAAGAUAGACACAUCGCACACAUACACUUUGGAUGAAUUUUGUGAGAAGCAAUACCAACAAAGUCAACAAGCACUCACCCAACUACAAGCUUUUAAAGAUAAAAUAAUAAAAGUAAUUCAGAGUUCUUUCUUAAAGGCAGGUGGAGGCCGAGCUGUAGGAGGAGCAGGAGGUAGAAAGGCUGAUGCGGUGCCAGGCGAAGAUCUGCCUGCGCAAACUCCAGAGGCUGAUGAAACCGCGGGGCUCCCCGAGCGCAACCUGACCUGCCAGGCGAUGGAGCAGAUCCGGUAUCUCAGCCGGGAGCUGCCCAAGGACUGGCCCGUCCCCCGCCUGGCGCGAGGCUUCCAGGUGGAGCCCGAGUCGCAGAGUCCUCAAGAGCUGCUUCUCGCCUUCCCCAGAGUGCAGCCGCAAGCAGGACUACAAAGCUGCUGCCGCAUGUCACCGGGGCCUCUUGGCCAAGGAGGCCACCUUUCGGCUGAUAUCUGCCGGCCCCAGAGAAGCUCCCUCUUGGCCUGUUACCCCCAAAGCAUGGCCUGCCCCCUCUGUGCCGGAGGAGGAAGAGCAGGAGGCAGAGACAGUGCCAAAGAAAAACCAAAACACUUUGAGAUAGCUGGAUGGCGGCACAUUAUGGAGCACUUUUCUAGGUUUCUUCAGCUUGUUGACAGAAUCUUUCAAGAAUUGCUUCGUAAAUUGGUUCACAAUGCUUUAAAUCUUCUUUUGGAGAUAUUUAAAGGUUCCAGUACUAUGACUGUUUCAAAAAUGAAGACAAAUGAGAACCUUAUAAGGGCAUAUAAAAACACAAUUGAGAGAGCAAAUAGCUUAUCAAAUACUGAGAAUAGAUGUCAGUGGAUGUUUCAAAGCAAUUCUUUUCAGAUGCCACAGGAAACAUUGUGCCAUUCAAAGGAACCUGAGCCACAAAGAGAAAUCAUUAGUAUCAGUGAUAUAGACAAGAUACUGGAAGAUGUGAAAAAGCAACUCAAAGGAGAGGAAGAAUAUUCACCAACGUUUGAAAUAAAUAUAUGUCUGAGAAUUCCUUGCAAACAGGAACAUUGUAGAAAAUGCAUUGAUGAUAAUUAUGAUGAUUUCCUGGAAAUGCCAUUAGAAGAUUUGAAGGAAACAUUAGAAGAUGGUGAAGAUUUUAAAAAAUUGUCUCAAUGUAACAAAAGAAACAGACAUGAGGAAGAAUCAGAAAAUUCUGCCCUACAGUCAAAUGUAUCCAACAAUGAAGGACUGUGCAAGCAGAAAAUGAAGGCACACAGUCCGUCUCUAAAUCCAAAAGGGAACCACUCAUAUAUAAAAAGUCUUUUGCCAUCAAAGAGGAAAUCCAUUGUUUUCUUAUCUAGUUCUCCAGCAUUUGCUACAGAUAUAUAUCUAGUUCCUAAUAGAAGAGAGUUUUCAACGCAGUUGCAAGGAAUUGUGGAUGGACUAGAAAACAUUAUUGAUCAGGUUGUGCCUUUUUCUCAAGACCCUCGGCUAUUGAUCUUCAUAACUCAAUCUGUACAUAAAAUAAUGCAGCCACACAUUGAUCCUGAACCAGGACAAUAUUUAGCAAUAUGGCCAAACUGUGAUCUCAUUCUAGGGACGGAUCCAGAUUACCAAAGCAAAAUUCUGAGCCUUCUGUCUCUUCAGAGUUGUUCAUUGGGCCGAGUGGAAUUUUAUAGCAGAAAUUUUUUAAACUAUUGCAGUAUGGUAGAUAAAGCAAAAAACACAACUGACAAGAUAUCUGCAUUAAACAGAGAAAUGUCUACACAAGAGUUCAGAAAGAUUCUGGAAAAUUAUACCGCUGAUAUAAAGGAGAUCGUAUGUAUGAUUACUGAAAUGCGCAUCUGUAUGUUUAAGGUCAAAAGUUUCAACUAUCAAAUGGACUGCCUUCCAUUUUUUGAAUCUCUGCUUAAUAUAAUUCAUUUCUGCUUUUAUGCAGCAAUUGAUGCAAAGAAUGUACAUCUUGUAGAAGUCACCAAGACAGCAGUUGCAAAGCUGAGCAAAGAACUACUAACAGUGGAUGGAUUCAUUGAGCAUUUGCUAUAUCUCCGUGAAAUUUCCUCACAACUACCUGAAAUAAAGAUUCAGUAUAACAGUCUUUCUGAGCUCUAUUUUAUUGCAAAAGACUAUGACAUCUUCCUUCCACUUCAGCAACUUGCUCUCUAUCAGACAGUUGUACGUACACUCCAGAAUCUUCGAUCAACUGUCCUUAUUUGUGAAAAAACGAAGGACGACUAUAUUAUAAAAUUCAAUGAAGGGUUGGCAGAAUAUAUUGACAAUCUUCAGGCUGAAAUGAGAGAAUACAAAAGCAAAGUGCGAAACCCUGUACUACUUCUCAGUGAAACGUUGCCUAAAACAGCUAAAGAGAUGAUUGAAAGCCUUAUAGAUGAAGCAGCUGAUAUUAGUGAGAAAAUUCUAAAUUAUGCAAAUUACCAGACUGUUUUUGACAGUUCCAUAAGUGACAUGAAAUCAUUGUCCUUAGAAAAGCUGUCACAUAGAGGUCAAUCUGGAGAUUGUCAGAGAGUAAAUGCUGAGCUCUCUGAAAUUGAAAGUGAACUAGCAUUGCGUAAAUUGUUGUGGGAUUCACAGGAAGAAUGGACCAAGCUUUUCUUUAGGUGGAAACAUGCCAUUUUUUGGAAUCUUGAUGUGGAUUUAAUUCAAAGAGAUGUUAACAGAUUCAUGCAGAUAAUUCAUAUUCUAGAAAAAGGCUUGCCAGAAAAUACUAUUUUACCAGCUCUGAAGAAAUCAUUGUUGGAUUUCAAGGAAUUCUUGCCUAUCAUUAUAUGUUUAAGGAAUCCUUGUCUUCAGCCAAGGCACUGGGAAACAAUACAGAAUAUCGUUGGUCAAUCAGUUUCUUGGGAUAAAAGGCUUACUCUGGAUAAGAUUCUGGAACUCAAUAUGUUUCAAAACAGAAAAGAAAUAAAUGAAGUAUCUAUAACAGCGACUAAUGAAACGACUCUUGAAGUAAUGCUGAAAAAGAUCAUUGGCCUUUGGUCCAAAACUGAGUUUCAUUUAACUCAAUAUCGCACUGAAACAUCAACUACUUUGAUUAUUUCAUCUGCUGAAGAUAUAAUUGCUUUGUUAGAAGAUUCUCAAGUAACAAUUUCAACAAUUAAAGGUUCUUGUUUUGUUGGACCAAUUAAGAGUCUUGUGGAUGCUUGGGAUCGUAAGCUAAACCUAUUUUCGUGUACUCUGGAGGAAUGGUUGAAUUGUCAAAGGAACUGGAUUUAUCUUGAGCCAAUAUUUCGUGCUCCAGAAAUAAAAAGACAACUUCCAGAAGAAUCAAAUUGUUUCUCUCAAGUUGAUAACAAAUGGAAAGAGAUCAUGAAACGUACAGGAGAGAAUCCAAAUGCUCUUAAGGCAACUACAACUGCUGGAGUUCUUGAAAGUCUGCAAACCAAUAAUGCACUCCUGGAGAAAAUACAGAAGGCUCUUGAGGACUAUCUUGAAGUUAAACGUAUGGUUUUUCCAAGAUUUUAUUUUCUCAGCAACGCUGAACUUCUUGACAUAUUAGCUGAAAGCAAAAAUCCUGAUGCUGUGCAGCCUCAUCUUGUGAAAUGUUUUGCAAAUAUAAGAAAGUUAUAUAUACGGCCACAAGAACAGAGACCUCCAGUGGUUUUAAUGAUCAGAUCUGCUGAAGGGGAAAUUCUUCUAGUGCCAAAGAAUGUUCGUAUUAGAGGGCCUGUUGAACUAUGGUUAGGAAAUGUUGAGAGUACCAUGUAUGAUAUGGUUAGAAAAUUUAUAACAGUUGGAAUUGCAGAAUGGAAUCAAAUGGAAUUUAAAGAAUGGUUUUUCACUCAUCCAGGACAGGUGGUACUACUUGUGAGUCAAACAAUGUUUUCUCGGGAAUGUGAAAUAAGUUUGCUAAGUUCUAAUCCAAAAAUGGAGAUGAUAGAAGGCCAUCAUGACCUAAUAAGGCUUCUAGAUCAGCUUGCGGAAAUAGCAUCAGAUAUUCUUCCCUACCAUAAGCAAAGUACACUGGAGGCAUUGGUUACUUUGUUCAUCCAUUGCAGAGAUAUAAUAACUACACUGAUAGAUCAUGAGAUUAGUAGCAUUGAAGAUUUUGAAUGGAAAAGGCAGUUGCGUUAUGAAUGGCAUGAAGUCAACCCCUGUAGGGUUAUUCAAGGUUAUGCCUCCUUUGAAUAUGGUUUUGAAUAUUUAGGCUGCUCUCCACGACUGGUUAUUACUCCUCUUACAGAUCGAUGCUGGUUAACUGUCACUGGAGCUCUUCAAUUGAAUCUAGGAGGCUGUCUUUCUGGUCCAGCUGGUACAGGAAAAACAGAGACUGUGAAAGAUCUUUCAAAAGCCUUGGGAAAGCUAUGUCUUUCCUUUAACUGUUCUGAAGGUUUGGAUGACAAGGUUAUGGGGAAAUUAUUCUGUGGCCUAGUUCAGUCUGGAACAUGGUGUUGUUUUGAUGAAUUCAACAGGAUUGAUGUAGAAGUCCUUUCAACAAUUGCAUCGCAGAUUCAGGCUAUCAAGGCAGCUAAAGAUAGCUUCACUGUCAGAUUUGUACUGGAAGGAAAAGAAAUUCGGCUGAAACCAUUUUGUGCAAUUUUUAUCACCUUGAAUCCUGGAUACAAAGGUCGUGUAGAACUCCCAGACAACUUAAAAUCAUUAUUUCGCCCUGUUUCAAUGAUGGUACCAGAUUAUGAACUCAUUGCUGAAAUAAUGCUGUUUUCAGAAGGCUUCAAAACGGCAAAAUCACUCUCAGGGAAGAUAGUAAAUCUUUAUCACCAUUCUAGCAAGCAGCUGUCACAGCAGGAUCAUUAUGAUUUUGGCAUGAGAGCCAUAAAAACUGUGUUAAUAAGGGCUGGUCAGAAGAGGCAAGAGUUAAAAACAUGUACUAAAAAGAAAAAGCUUUCUGCCUUGGAAGAAACUCUCAUCAUAAUCGAUGUGCUGAAAGAAGCUAAUUUACCAAAGUUUCUUGCUGAGGAUGUCCUACUGUUUGAGGACAUCAUGACAGAUCUGUUUCCAGGGGUGAAUGUUCAAACUGUAAAGCCCAGACGACUAGAGAGUGCUAUUUCUGUUGCAAUACAUCAUUUAUGUUUGCAGCCCUGGGAAAAUCAGAUAGAGAAGGUUAUACAAUUUUACAACCAAAUUACGGCUCGUGUUGGUGUGAUGCUAGUAGGUCCUACAGGUGGAGGGAAGACUACCAUUAGAACAAUUUUAGAAAAAGCCUUGGUAAUCUUGCCAUUAGUAGAUAUGGAAAGCAGUACAAAACUUGAUGCUAUGUUUCAGAAUUCAUCCAAGAGAGGCAAAGUAGACACAUUUGUUAUAAACCCUAAGUGUGCUAGUCUUGGUGAACUUUUUGGACAGACAAAUCCUAGUACAUUGGAGUGGUCAGAUGGUCUGUUAUCAUCAGCAGUUCGAACAUUUGCCAAACUUUCAGCAAAAAAGCCUAAAAAGAAAGACCGAAGCAGCAGUAGAAAUUCAGAAAUGCAGGACUUGUAUACUCUAAAUACAGUGAAUAUAAUUGAUGCAUCCCUAACAGAUGAAACGCUGCAAUCAACAGAAAAUGCUCAUUAUGAAAGUAUUACUGACUGGCAGUGGAUUAUCUUAGAUGGGCCAGUAGACCCAAUUUGGAUAGAAAAUUUAAAUUCUGUGCUAGAUGACACCAGAGUGUUGUGCCUUGCUAAUAGUGAAAGAAUCUACUUAUCACCAGGAAUCAGAAUGAUAUUUGAAGUGGACAGCCUCUCUCAGGCCAGCCCUGCUACUGUUAGUAGAUGUGCCAUGGUUUAUGUGGAUCCAGUUGACCUGGGAUGGAAACCAUAUGUCAAGACCUGGUUAGAAGGCUUUUCUGAAAUAUUAGCAAAAAAUGAUAUUGAGUACUUAUCGAGUUUAUUUCAUUCAAGUAUAAAAGAAGGGCUAAACUUUCUGAAUAAACAUAAGAAAAUGCAACCAUUUCCUGUACAUCAGAUGGGAAUUGUCAUGAAUAUUUGCAGAAUCAUUGGUUCAUUUAUUGAAAUAAUGAAGCAAAGUGAUGAAUUGCAAUGCAGUGAUAAAAGAAGACAAAGUUCAGUGAGUUUCUCAGCAACAAUCAUGAACAAGACUUCAAAUGCAGCCGGUACAUUCAGUGCAAUAGUUCCAUCAAUAAUGAAGAAAACGGAAGAUCAGAGAUGGUUUUGGGAGAAGCAACCUGAUAAACUGAUAGUAUUAUUAGGGAAACUUUAUAUAUUUGCAUUUACUUGGGCUGUUGGAGGAAUUUUAAAACGAGAGGAAGAGCAUGAGGGUGAGACUCUAAUUGGAAUAAACACCAGCCAUGAUGAUCUUGCAAAUGUAACACGAGACUUCAAUUACCUUGUUCAAGAUAUAUUUCAAAGAACCCCCCCUGCUAAUAUUCAGAUUCCAUCUGAGAACAAAACUGUUUUUGAUUAUUUUGUGGAUUUACGAACAGGAGAAUUUGAACCAUGGACACAUUUAGUUCCUAGUACACAGUUUCUUAUUCAGAAGGGGGACUCUGGUAGUGGAAAGACUACUAUGAUCAAGAACAUGCUCCAAAGACUUAAGACUCAAGGAGGAUCAAAUAUAAAAAUGGGAACAAUUUUAGGAGAGGUCUUUUAUUACAGAGAAUCUAGAAGAGCAAGGAGGACAUCCCUUUGGAGUUCAGUUCAACAGCUUUGGAAAGCCUGUUUGGAGCAAUGGAUCUCAGUUGUGAGCUCGCCAAGAGAGGAGCCUGAUCUGGAAGGAUCAUAUUCAGAUAGUGCAACAGAUACUAUAAUUUCUACGCUACAGUUAGGUGCUCAUACCACUGCUGCCCAAACAAAGGCUUGGAUUCUGCAGAAACUAAUACUAAAAAGUAAAGAUGUCCUGGGUGCACCAAAAUCUAGACAGGUGUUACUGUUUAUUGAUGAUCUGAAUGCACCUAUACCAGAGGAGUAUGGGUCCCAGCCACCACUUGAGCUAAUCCGACAGUUUCUAGAUCUAGGAGGUUUUUAUGACACUAGGCAACUUGUGUGGAAGAAUGUCCAGGAUAUUGCCUUGGUUGCCACUUGUACAACUCCCAGUGAAGGAAGUCAUGAGAUUAAUUCUCGUCUUCUGACACGGUUUUGCAUGUUAGUUUUGCCUACAACUUCUUUACAAUCUUUGCAACGUAUUUUCCAGGUGCGGCUAGGAACAUACUUUUACAUCAACAGAUUCUUGGUUGAAGUUCAGAAAUGCAAGGACUAUUUAACAUGCUCCUCUAUUGCUCUGUACUAUAGAAUGCUCCACAAAGUGCGCCCCACUCCAGCUAAAUGCCAUUACACAUUUAAUCUGCGAGAUCUUUUCAAGGUACUUGAAGGAUUGCUGCAAGCUCACAAGUCUGUCAUUGUCUCAAAAGAAACAACAGCAUUGUUCUUUGUGCAUGAAUCUACCCGAGUUUUCCAUGAUCGUCUGAUUGACUCUGCAGAACGAGAGAUUUUCUUUCAAUUUCUUUCAAAUGAGGUCAAUAACUAUUUCAAAAUUCUCUGGACAAAAGACAACUUGAUGGAAGAUUCACCCAUAUUUGUGGAUUUUCUGGAUUCAAACACACCUGUGGACAAGCGAGUGUAUAGAAACGUCACAAGCCAGAAGCGUCUGCUUUUGGUCUUAGAAGAAUACUACAUUAAAAUGCAAGCAAUAAGUUCUCAGAGUAUUUCCAUAGUAUUUUUUAAGGAAGCAAUACAGCAUAUAACAAGGGCAGCAAGAAUUUUUCGACAAGAAGGUGGUCACAUGAUGUUGGUUGGUCUGGACGGAAAUGGGAAAGUAACCUGUGCAUCCUUAGCAUGUUGCUUAUCUGCAUGCAGCCUCUACAGGUUAUCUAUUUCCCAUAAUUACAACUAUGGAAAUUUUAGAGAAGACCUUAAAAAAGUCUAUAAGCAGGCAGGUCUGGAAGGCAAGAGGACUGUUUUUCUCAUCACAGAAUCAGACAUAAUUCAAGAGUCAUUUUUAGAAGACCUGAGUUGUAUCCUGAAAUCGGGACAAGUACCCAAUUUAUUUGAGAAGGAUGAAUUAGAUAACAUUAUUGUACAACUUACAUCUGUUGCUGAGAAGGCUAAAUACUCUAACAAAACAGAAGAUAUUUACUCAUUUUUCUUACAGAGGGUACAUAGCAAUCUUCAUAUCGUUUUGACAACAAGUAAUGCAGGACUGAUCUUUCGUCAACGUUGCCGGACAUAUCCUGCCAUUAUUAAUUGCUGUACAGUUGACUGGUAUGAAACCUGGCCUGAAGAAGCUCUUUGCCAUGUUGCAGACAGUUACUUUAGCCAUGAUGACUCAUUUCAGAAUCAGGUAGGGUAUUUAAAUGUGCUUGUCCAAAUAUGUGUUAACAUUCACAAAAAUGUAUCUAUCAUAACUGAAAAGUACUUGAAGGAAACUAAAAGGCAUUACUACAUCACUCCCAACAGUUACUUGCAGUUCAUAAACACAUUUUCAACCAUACUGAAAUCAACAAAAGAAAAAACUCUGAGCGACAGAGCGUCCUAUCAUUCUGGUCUGACCAAAAUCCUCGAAGCAACUUCACAGAUUACAGUUAUGCAACAUGAGUUGUUUGUCCUUGGUCCUCAAAUAGAGAAGAAAUCAAAGGAAAUAGAGGAACUUGUGGAAAAGCUUCACAAAGAUGCAUUAGUUGUAGAGCAAGUUCGAACUAUUGUUAAACAGGAUGAAGAAAUUAUGGCUGCAGAAACACGCACUGUAGAAGAAUAUGCCCAGCAAGCAGCAGAUGAGCUCAGUAUUGUAAUGCCAUCUUUAGAAAAAGCCCUUGCUGCUCUUGAUGCACUUGACAAAAAUCACAUUGCAGAAAUUAGGGUGUAUGCUCGGCCUCCUCCACUUGUACUAACUGUUAUGAAUGCAGUUUGUGUUCUUCUUCAAAAGAAACCUACCUGGACAACAGCAAAAUUACUUCUUGCAGAUCCUGGGUUCCUAAAGAAGUUAGUUACUCUUGACAAAGAUAAUUUGCCAGAAAAGGUAAUUCUGCAGUUGAAAAAAUAUGUGAGGUCACCAGACUUCAGCCCAAUAAAAGUUGGACUUGUGUCUGUUGCCUGCUGCUCCAUGUGUCAAUGGAUUUUAGCUUUAGAUCACUAUCAUUUUGUAAAAAAGUUUGUCGAGCCAAAACAAGUGAAGGUAGCCGAAGCAGAGGAGCUGCUAAAACGUGCACAUGAAAAACUGGCUGAAAAACAAAGAAGUUUAGCCCUGAUUGAACAACAUCAGCAAAAUUUAGAAGCAAAGUAUGGAGAAAGUAUUGCUGAGCAAGAAAUGCUAGCAGCUAGAAAAGAUCAGACAACUCACCGUUUACAUAGCGCAUCUGUAUUAAGCACAGCUCUAAAGGACGAAAUGGAACGCUGGAAAGAAUCUGUUAAUAAUCUUGAUCAAAAGUUGCAGGGAAUCAUAGGUGAUGCCCUUGUUUCAGCAGCAUGUAUUGUCUAUAGUGGAGUGUUAUCAGCACAAUAUCGUCAGCAACUAGUGAAUCACUGCCUGAAACUCUGCAAUGAAAGCAAUAUUCCGGUAUCUCCAAAUUAUUCACUAAUAAACUGCAUGACAGAAAAAAAUGAGGUUCGUAAGUGGCAAAAUGCAGGUUUGCCACUUGAUCAGUACUCCACAGAAAAUGCUAUACAUAUCGUGUAUGGACAACGGUGGCCUUUGCUAAUUGAUCCAGAAAGACAAGCUUACAAAUGGAUAUAUCAAAUGAGUAGCAAACUCCGUCAGAUUCGUGCUACAGAUGCUAAUUAUUUAAGAACACUUGAAAAUGCUAUGCGUAUUGGAGAAUCAGUGCUGCUACAGGAUUUUACUGAAACACUGGAUUCAAGUAUGAAACCAAUCUUAAAAAAGGAAAUCUACAACAAAGCAGGACAAGAAUUCAUUAGAAUAGGAGAUACUGAAAUAGAGUAUAACAAAAACUUUAGAUUAUACUUAACAACACGGAAAGCCAACCCCCAUUUUCUGCCAGCUAUAUGCAAUAUUGUGACAAUGAUAAAUUUCACUGUAACGUUCCAAGGUUUGCAGGAUCAGUUUUUAUCUGCUGUUGUAAUUAAGGAAAAACCUGGGCUUGAACAACAGCGUUGUGAGUUGCUGGAAAGCAUAUCUACUGACCUAAUAACACUUCGUGAACUUGAACAAAAGUCACUUAGACUACUGCAGAAAACAGAUGGACAUCUUCUAGAUGACCAAGACCUUAUUGACAAUUUGCAAAGAACUAAAAUCACCUCAACAGAGAUUUUUGAGCGUGUUAAAGCAUCUGCAGAAACAGAAGUUACAAUAGAAGUACUGCGUAAAAGCUAUCUUCCCAUUGCAACUCGUGGUGCCAUCCUCUACUUUGUAGUAUCCGAUCUUGUUCACAUCAACUAUAUGUAUCAGUUUUCAUUGGAGUGGUUUCAUAAGAUCUUUGAAGAUUCUGUAGACUAUAUAAUCAAAGUAAAAAGUGAGGUUUCUUUGAGUGCCUCACGAGUUUUUAGUACUCGACUCCUUAGAAAGCAAAAGCGACUAUUCACCAUAGAAGAUGCAGAAGAAAGAGAGAGUGACACAGCCAGUUUCCAAAGACAUGUUAAUGAUAUAAUUGAGAAGUUAACAAGUAAUGUUUAUAAGACAGUUUCUUCAGCUCUGUUCAGUGAAAAUCAGCUAUUCUUUGCUUUUCUGAUGUGUACAGCAAUCAUGAAAAAUAAUUGUGAUGAAAAUCAGUGUACUAACAAGCUUGGAUUUAUACCAGAGAAUCAAUGGGACUUCUUCCUGCACUCUAGCACAAUGGCAAAUAUUAUAGACACACAGGAUUCUGAGAAAAUUGGUUCAUGUACAUUUAUGAAAAUUCCUCCACUUCACUGGAUUACUGACAUGAUGUGGAAAGAAUGCCAGUACAUGAGCACUCACAUGCCUGCAUUCAGCCUCUUGUGUGAUUCCCUCUCACCAAAAUCUCAGCAAUGGAGAGCUUUUCUAAACAGUCAGAAUUUAUAUUAUUUGAUCAGUACAUGUUACAGACCAGUGUCAUUAGCACAAGACCCACAAUUUGAAGUACUAAGACAAAAUGAUGAUCAGGACAGUGAACCUUUACAUUUCCCUUGGGAGAACCUUUCUGCGUUUGAAAGACUUAUUUUGAUAAAAGUUCUUCGAUUAGAAAGCUUAACCAGUGCUGUACGAGCAUUUGUCACUGAGAAACUGGGAAAGAACUACAAUCAGAUUGGAGGAAUUAAUUUGAAAGCACUAUACGAAGAAGAAUCUAAUUCCACAACUCCAAUAAUUCUCAUCCAUACUCAAGGGAUAGACAUUGCGGCUGUCCUCCUACGCCUUGCCCAGGAAAUAAAAGGAAGUACACAACAUGUGAAAAUGAUAUCUCUGGGACGUGGUCAAGGGAGCAAAGCUGAAGAACUGAUACAUAAAUCACAGAUGCUAAGCGGACAGUGGGCAUUCCUCCAGAAUUGUCAUCUCGCAGCUUCAUUUAUGCCUAGACUCUGCACAAUAGUUGAAUCGUGUACCCAAUCAAAUACAAAUAUAGACCCUCAGUUUAGACUCUGGUUAAGUACAACACCAGAUUCGUCUUUUCCCAUACCUAUCUUGCGGAAGGGUCUAAAGAUAAUAAUAGAACCUCCCCAAGGACUAAAGGGAACAUUGCUUCAAACAUUUGGAUUAAGUGGUACAGGAAUAGUAACAGAAACUGUAUUCAACAAGAUUACCUGCGGGCCAUCAUGGAAAAGGUUAUUGUUCAGUCUGUGCUUCUUCCAUGCUGUAGUCCAUGAAAGAAAGAAAUAUGGCGCUUUGGGAUGGAAUAUUCCAUAUGAAUUUAAUUCUUCAGAUUUGGAGAUUUCCAUCCAGAUGCUGGAGAUUCUUCUUACAAAGCAGAAGACAAUUCCUUGGGCAGCACUACAUUACAUGACUGGAGAAGUAGCAUAUGGAGGCCGUGUAACUGACCAUUGGGAUCGUCGGUGUUUGCUUAGCAUUUUGGACAAUUUUUAUAACCCUUAUGUAUUGCAAGAGGAUUUUGCUUAUUCUAAUGAUUGGGUAUAUCGACCAAUAUCUGAAACAGAUACUUUGAGAGACUGCAGAGCCUAUCUACGAUCUCUUCCAGAAAAUGAUUCUCCAGAACUCUUUGGAAUGCACCAUUGUGCUGAAAGAGCAUAUAUAAAAUCUCAAGCAGAAUUAUUUGUUGAGUCCGUUGUCAGUACCCAGCCAGCAAUCAGCACAGACACUCUCAUCAUCAGUGGCAGAAGGACUCAAGAUGAAAUAGUACUGGAAAUAGCAUCUGAUAUUCGAAUAAGGCUGCCACUGACUGUAGAAGAUAUGGGACAGACACCUGAAACUAAAGAUGGAUCCAAAGAAAAAAUUACAUUAGAAAGCUUCAAGUCAGGCCCAAUUUGGGCUGCACUUGUGAAAGUUGCAAAAGUCAUUAGCAGUUUGAUCCUGAGUGUUGGCAGUGAGGAUUCUCACAUCAAUGCUGGAAUAAAAUCUCUGGCAAGUGAGCCACCAUCACUGAAAAAACUCAGAGCCAAAAGCCUAAGAAUUAGUCCAGAAUUCAUCAGGGUGGAAAUAAGCACCUCAGGUCCUGGUUCUUUUACCAGUUCAACAUUGCUAACUGUCUUGCAUCAAGAGAUUGACCAGUAUAAUAAUUUAUUGUCCAUAAUAAUGCAGUCAUUACAUGCACUUCAGUUAGGCAUCAAAGGCGAGAUUAUCUUCACCACGGGACUAGAAGAGCUUUAUAAUUCAGUUUUGAAAGCCAAAGUUCCUGAACUGUGGCAGCAACUUUCCUUUAAAUCGCUUAAACCUCUCGGAUCCUGGAUUGAUGACCUCAUUAUAAGAGUGAAUUUCUUUUCCAUGUGGGCUAAACAGGUUCUUGCCUUUAUGGAAUCAAGGUUUCGCUAUUUAUCGACACUUCAGAAGCUAAACAGAACUCAGUCUAGUGAGGAGGAUCCUGACUUCAUCGGUGGCAACUUUCAGGGACACCCCAGUUGCUUUUGGCUUCCAGGUUUCUUUUUUCCACAAGGAUUUCUUACUGCUGUUCUUCAGAACUAUGCUCGACAGAACAAAAUACCAGUGGAUUCUCUCAUGUUUGUCCACAAAGUUCUUCCAUUCAUUCAGGAUGAAGACCAGGGUCUUAGAGGUUUCAAGAGAAAAGAAACCAUAUUAAAUAAAGCAUUUCAGGAAACUUCUCGUUGUGAUGCUGGAGUUAUAGUUUUUGGCUUAUACAUAGAUGGUGCGAGCUGGAAUCCCAUUACAGAGGCAUUGGAAGAGCCUGAGCUUCACCAGAGAUUUUACCCACUACCAGCCGUACACUUUUUACCACAACAGAUGACCUUCAAUUCAAGACCCCAUUACCUAGAUGAGGAAGCAGUCUUGCUACUUCAUAAAUGUCCACUGUACAGGACACCCGAAAGAUCAGGCAUACUGUCCUCUACAGGUAUAUCAACUAAUUUUGUAACAGUAGUAAAUCUACCAAGUAUGAUAGCUCCAAGCCACUGGAUAACAAGAGGUGUUGCACUGUUGUGCCAACUAGAUGACUGA